AUGAGUGGAAUAGCAUUAAAAUUGACUUCGUUGUUGGUGAGAACUGUGGCAAAACCAAUUGGAACAGCUUUAAAGACACAAGCCAAACAACAUGAAAGUUUCAGAAAAGCAUGUAUCACUGUAGCACAGACAGUACACAGUACUGACCUCCGUCUCCGGAUGUCGUUGUUGGGCGAAAAGAAGAUCAAAAUUAGACCUUUGAAUGAUGCCAAAGCUGUAGAGAACGGUGCUGCUUUCUUAUCUGAAUUGUUUAUCUUCAGCGUGGCGGGUUCGCUCAUUUUUUACGAAAGUUAUAGAAGUAGAAAGAAAGCUAAUGAUGAAAGAGAUGCAUUGGCUGACGAUAUAUCGGUGUUACAGAACGAAAUCGAGUUCAUCAAGUCGAAACUCGGAGAUAUCAACAUCAAACUC